AAAUUGUGUGGAAAGACAAGAUAGAAUCUGCUUUAGUGAACCCAUCCCUCAACCAUUGGCUGGAUUGACCAAGGGCCAGAGAGUAUUUGCUUAAAAGAAUGGUUAUUUUGGCUCCAUGUGCUCUUUUAUCAUUUGGGUAAGCAAAUAAUGCUGAAUAUUUGUAGCAGUGUUGAUUUGCCAUUUUAAAUAAAAGGAUCUUGAACAUAAAUCUGCUAAAUCAGACCAGUUUGGUUAAGAGCAUUAUGCCAAGAGAUUAGUAAAUGGAUUGCAGGUGGCCCCCAUUCUGUGUUUAUUUAUCUCAUAGCAAUUGAACUUUAAUAAUGCUUCAGUGCUAAUAAACUGACUUCUCAGGUAAAGAAAUGUCACAAUAAUAUUUAUUGCUGAGCAUGACAAAGUGUUACAGCCUUCAAUUAGUGUAGUACCAUUUUCUAUGCACAAGUGUCUUGUGUAUAUAAUAUGGUACAUCUGGUCUGGAAUAAAAUUCAUUGCUGACUUAUCGAAGUCAGUGAAUGUUUUUUGUACUAAUUUGCCUUGGAUGAAAUUCUGUCUCCUUUUCUCUUUUAGUGCAACAAACUUUCAGGGACUUUUGCAGUAGAAGGGACUAAAUUUUAUUCUUUUAUGACUGAGAUAUCAUGUAUGUUUUAUAAUUCUGAAGUUUGUAGUUCCAUGGUUUAUAUAUUACUCAUUGAUUUUGAUUUAUGUUGAAAAUUAGUUUGUUUUUGGGAUUGAGACCAACUCCUUUAUUUGUUAAAGACUGAACUAUAUAUGGCCUGCAUCCUUGCUUAGGGCUUUAUGAUAGUUUUGGAGUAUUAUCCAAGAUAGUUGAUAGUUCUGGUAUUUCUGACAAAAUAAGAACGCUGCUUUAAUCAUUUGAUGCCCCAGGUCAGUAGCUAUCACCUGAAGAAAGAAAUAAAAGAUGGAGUUUUAAAGUUUUCUUCGGUUGUUUCUUGUGUUGCUGUCAGGGGUUUAUCUUGAAGACAGCAUUCAUGCAAUAGUUAGGAAGUCUGCAUCUUUCUUUUCUCUUUCAUAAUUGUUGUUUUGGUCAUUUCUAAUAUACACUGAAAGCAUAAAUCAAUUCUUAUGUGGAUGUGAAUAUUUGGAAUAGAGUGCCCUUUCAUACCCGUUUUACUGUAAUGCUGAGUUGAAACCUGUAGGAAGGUCGUAUUAAUGUCGUUCACACACUGACAAACUUCAAAUGCUCCUUAGUUCCAUUUGAGGUGCUCCUAUAAUAGAGUUAGUUGUUUUAUUGCCUUUGUAGCGUGUUCUUGAUGGGAGAAAAUUUGGUGCUGAGUUGAUAACCUAGACUAGAGAGUUGAGGCUCUUGUUCCCAGGUAGAUUAAUAUAGCCAGAACUUACUUCUGUAAAGCCUUGAGAAAGUAGGAAUGAAUCAGCAAGAUACUCUUAUGAAAGGCCUGCAAAAAGCUUCCUGUUGACUGGAUAUAAAGGCAAUUUUUUUUAGAAGCAGAGCACUGGGAACAUGGCCCUGCGAGAGAGAGGAACCAGCAGCAGCUCCACCAAUGACAAGCAGGAACAGAACUAUAAUCGUGUUAUUACAAUUGUCUUCCUGGCACUCUUCAUCGACUUGUUGGGAUUUGCUCUCAUCUUGCCACUCUUUCCUUCCAUCCUUGAUUAUUACAGCCAGACUGAGGAUGGAUUCUAUUUGUCAUUGCAACGUGGGGUUGACUGGUUUGCAGUGAUGGCUGGGAUACCUCCAGAGCGGAAAUACAACAGUGUCUUGUUUGGAGGUCUGAUUGGCUCGAUCUUUUCCCUCCUGCAGUUUUUCUCCUCUCCACUCACCGGUGCUGUGUCAGACCACUGGGGCAGAAGACCUGUCAUCCUGAUGACAGUGAUGGGUUUGAUAGCAUCAUACUCACUCUGGGCUGCCUCUCGGACUUUUGGCGUUUUUCUUCUCUCCAGGAUCAUAGGGGGAAUAAGCAAAGGGAAUGUCAGCCUGUCCACAGCUAUAAUUGCUGACUUGCCAUCUCCAAAAGCACGGAGCAAGGGCAUGGCCAUGAUUGGUGUUGCUUUCUCCCUGGGCUUCACCCUGGGCCCCAUGAUGGGUGCUUACCUCGCCAUGCAGACAGAGAAAGGAGAAGUCUUCUACCUUCGUUCAGCAUUGUCAGCACUCGUGUUUUCUGUGGCUGAUUUAAUUUUCAUCUUCCUCCUUCUUCCAGAAACGCUCCCCAAGGAAAAACGGGUCCCUUCUGUGACAUCUGGAUUUCAGGCAGCAGUUGACUUGCUCAGUCCUUUGGCUUUAUUUCAGUUCUCUGCAGUCACCCGAGGAAAGGAAUCCCCUUCAGAGCAGAAUCUUCAGAAUCUCAAAAUUUUGGGCCUGGCCUACUUCCUGUACCUCUUCCUGUUUUCUGGCUUGGAGUACACACUGAGUUUUCUCACUCACCAGAGAUUCCACUUCAGCAGCAUGCAGCAGGGCAAGAUGUUUUUCUUUAUCGGAAUAACAAUGGCUGUGAUCCAGGGAGGCUAUGCUCGCCGAAUCAAGCCAGGAAAUGAAAUCAGAGCUGUAAAAAGGGCUAUUAUGUUGCUGAUUCCAGCGUUCCUGUUAAUUGGAUGGGCUGCAAAUGUGACCAUGCUGAGUGCUGGACUGUUGCUGUACUCCUUCGCUGCAGCCAUUGUCAUCCCGUGUUUGUCAGCAGUGGUGUCAGGCUAUGGCACUGCCAGCCAGAAGGGACGAGUCAUGGGCAUCCUGAGGAGCCUGGGCGCCCUGGCCAGAGCCCUGGGACCUAUCCUGGCAGCUGCAGUUUACUGGCUGGCCGGGGCAGAGAUUUGCUUCACUAUCUGUGGAGCUUUUUUCCUUGUCCCCUUGGCUCUACUCAGGUCUAUAAAACAGCAGACAAAGGAGAAGUAGGAAGAAACUACAAAACCCUCACCAGCGUCCAAGGACCUCUGCAAGACCUGACUCUUGGCACCUGACUGCCGAGCAAAUAGGAAAAGGGAGAUUUUGAUCUUCUGGAAGGAGAUACGUGAUGAACAUUUGCAGCAACAACACACAGCAGUUGUUUUAAGGUGGUCUCUCAGCCAGCUGGGUUAGGUUUGCAAAUAGAAAAACACCAAACAAAUGAAAACAGACACACAAUCCCCACAAAGAGUUGAAUAAGGCAUUAAGAGCAGCAGAGAAGCAGAGACAGCACAACAGCAGCAGGCCUGGAGCCCUCCCCACUCACUGUGCUGUUGCACUCAGGGCUCUGCUCCUCACCCUGGGCCUGUGCAGGGGCUGGGCUGACACAGAACAAACUCUCAGGACCAUUCUGAUGGUGUUUUUGUACAAGUGGUACAAGAGUUCUGCAAAUGCUGCAUCCACACCUGCAUGGUGGUCAAAGAAAAGCAGAAGCACAGUACAGGCUGCCUGGUACCCCACUGGUACUUUGGUACAGGUGGACUAUUUUUAAUAUACAAUUAAAUUUGGAGAGAUGUUUUAUAUUUCUAAUACUGUGUGAUGUUUUUGAUGACAAAGCCCUGUUCUUUUUGCAUUACAAUAAACGGUUACAUUGAACAA